AUGCAGGCACUCUGGCGACGCGGCACAUCUCUCUUCUCAACACCAUCGGGGUCCCCCAAAGACUCCGGGGCUGCCGAAGAAUUCCGGACAGCUUCAACCCCCGACAAGCUAUUCACCAAGGUCGACCCCGCCGUCGACGGAGAAGAAUGUCUCCACGACUGCGCUACAUGUACCGUUCGGUACCCGGCUAAGUUCGAUGUGGAUCAGGAAGACACCCUAUAUGGAAAUGUCAACGGAUGGUCAACACAUCUGCUCGUCGCGACCGGGAAAACAGAUUGGGUACGAGAUGUAGCGGACGAAGAGGGCAGUGUGAUGGAAGCGAUUGAGAAGGGCGGGCUCGAGCCGAGUAACGGGAAAUUGAAACUAUCGGCCUCCAACAUGCCCGUUCCGGACGAAUACCACCACCACGACACAGGAAAGCAACCAACAACCGUCCUGCUCCUACCCAGCUUCACCAUCGUGGACCACGUCACGCCAGCCCUGGCCCCAGACCUGAUCAAAUACAUCGUUAAUUCCGCACCCACAACCACCACACCCCUGGGAGCUAUCCCGGAGCCGGUAUCCAUACCUGAAUCGGAGGACCAGACACAACAACCACCCAUCUCAGACCUCUUAUCGCAGACGCCCCUCCGCUCGCGCCCCUGUCCUCAUGCUGCGGUGAUCCUCCUCUGUUCUCAGCGCACGCGAGACGCCCGCUGCGGCCAGUCUGCGCCGCUCCUCCGCAAAGAAUUUGAACGCCAUUUGCGUCCGCUGGGACUGUAUCGUGACCUUGAUGAUGAGCGACCCGGUGGUGUUGGUAUCUACUUCAUCAGCCACGUUGGGGGUCACAAGUAUUCUGCGAAUGUGAUUGUGUACCGCCGUCGCGAUUUGGAGUGGUAUCGCAAGCAGGACAGUAAAGAGGAGACAUCGGCGGAGGGAGAGGAAGGUGCGGCGCAGGGUAUUUGGCUGGCGCGCGUUCGUCCGGAGGACUGUGAGAAUAUUAUCCGGUAUACGGUGUUGAAGGGGAAGGUGGUGAAGCCGGAGCAGAUUAGAGGAGGCUUUGAUCGGGAACGGGGGGUGAUGAGUUGGUAG